CACACACACGCACACACACUCACGCACACGCACGGAGCAUCCUCCCAUUAGGUCUCCCGGUCCAGCCCCGCCGGCGCCUCCUGCUCGCAGCAAACCCUCCCCAGCGCUCCCCACGCCCCCCCUCCGGCUUCGGGACCCUCCUCGCCGCCCCCACCCCACUCCUGGGAUGGAGCGGACCGAGCCCGCCCGGAGCCCCCCGCGGCCGGGGUGACGGCCCCCGCCCGGAGCACCAGGGGCCCGGGGGUUCCUUAGGCGCCGGACGCUGAAGAUGACCGAUGCUGGAGCUCUCUUGAGCCAUGGCUUCUUCAAAGCUCCGAGAAGCCGCUGAUGAGGUGUUUGACCUAGACUUGGCUGUGCCAGAGACCGUCAGACUGGACAGCAGUUUACACAAAGCCCGGGCCCAACUGCUGGCCAAAGGCCGUAGACACCGGCCUUCCCGCUCCAGGCUUCGGGACAGUGCCAGCUCUGCGGAGGAUGGUGAAGGCUCCGAUGGGCCCGGAGGCAAGGUGACCGACGGCUGCGGGAGCCCCCUGCACCGGCUGCGCUCGCCUUUGCACUCGGGCCCAGGGUCUCCGGCCGUGGGCUCCUUCUGCCUGGAGCCUCCGGGGUUGCGGCGCAGCCUGGAUGAGGAUGAGCCGCCACCCUCGCCGCUCACCCGCUACCGACCCCUGCACAACGCCGCAUCGCACGAGGGCCUGGCCGCCGCCUCCUGCUCGCCGCCGCGCUCCGCGCCCUCCUCGGACAGCUCGCCCAGCUUCGUGCGCCGCCACCUGCGUGCGGAGCCGCACAGCGAAGAUGACAGUCGGGAUGCCAGCCCACCUGAGCCUGCCAGUCCCACCAUUGGCCUGGAUAAGAAGACUCGCCGGAAGUUCCUGGACCUGGGGGUCACCUUACGCCGAGCAUCUACUAGCAAGAGCCGGAAGGAUAAGGGCAGCAACCGCCUGUCCAUGGGCAGCAGGGAGUCGGUGGAGGGGUCCAGCAGGUCAGCGGGCUCCCCGUUCCUGCCCUUUUCCUGGUUCACAGACAGUGGCAAGGGCUCGGCGUCCUCCGGCAGCACCACCUCCCCUGCCUGCUCCCCUAAACAUGAGAGCUUCAGCCCUAAGAAGUCAGCUUCUCAGGAAUCCACCCUGAGUGAUGACUCCACACCCCCCAGCAGCAGCCCCAAGAUCCCGAGUGGUCCCCGGCAGGAGACCAAGUGCUCCUACCCCUACCACACGCUGUCCCAGUCUUCGGAUGAGGUGAGCAGGCCCUGGCCUCUGACUCUGCCGGGUGUGCAGGCCCCAGGCCAGGUCUGCCCCCCUCACUCUCCUUGGUCUCCGCCCCAGUUCCUGGAUGAACCUCUUCCCACGAUCCACCACUGGACCAGUCAGCAGGUGGGCCAGUGGCUGCACAGCCUCAACCUGGAGCAGUAUGCCGCUGAGUUUGCCGCCCGGCAGGUGGACGGGCCGCAGCUCCUGCAGCUGGAUGGGAGCAAACUGAAGAGCCUGGGGCUCAGCAGCUCGCAUGACCGGGCACUGGUGAAGCGGAAGGUGAAGGAGCUGGCAGCGGCCGCUGAGAAGGAGCGCAAGGCCCAGGAGAAGGCUGCCCGGCAGCGCGAGAAGCUCCGGCGCCGGGAGCAGGAGGCCAAGAAGACCUAGAGGAGAGCGAGGCAGGCAUGGCACCCAGGCACGGGCAGCCACCGCUCGGCGGGCACAGGCUCCCGGGGAAGUGGAGCCUGGGCGCCAAGCUUGGGCUGGCCCGGCCCCACGGCCUCAGGGGUACAUGCCCUCUCUCAUCUUGUCACUCUGUCUGGACCAAGAUCCCCCCAGAAAGGGAGGCCCAGGGAGAGGGCCCAGUACUAAAUCGCCUUCCAGGACUGGCUUGGCACAGAGUUCCUGGGGGAGGUUGCAGAUCAUGGGAAGAGGGCAGGGAGGCCAGGGCUGAAGGCAGCCUGGGAGCCCAGAGGUCCCUGGGUCAGUCUGACUCUCUGUCCUCAGGCCACCGUGGUGCUGGGGCCUGCAGUGAGCUGGCAUGUCUACCUGCCUGCCUUUCAGAGGCCCUGCCAUGGGGCCAGGUCCCAGGGCUGUCAGGUGGCUGAGCACCCGGGGAGGAGUGGGUGGGUGGAGUCGGUCCUCUCGGCUCUCCAAGGUGGCUGUGUGUGGGAGAGCCCUCUGCUCCCAGGGAGGCCGGUGGGCACUGCGGCCCGCUGCACUCAGGGUAGACUCCAGGCUCCUCCUCAAUCGGAGAGCAGAGCAAGCGCAUGGCUAUCCGCGCCGUCUGUGCAGACUUCAGGCGACGGGAGGAUAAAACCCUCCUUUUCUUCCCCUGCCCUGCGGCCCCAAUGACGAAAGGACACCUUACAGUCCUCCCCUACCGGGGCCCAGCCAGACCUGUGUUUGCCCUGCUCUCUAAGGCAGGCCCACUCCUCCUCCGGCUGCCCUCAGAGGGCACCUGAGCCCUCCCUGCCCACAGAACAAACUCAGAGCUGGUGGGGACACAGGACGCCCCCUACCGAUGCCUGUGUGGGACUGAACUGGCGAAUCCUCACCUUAGCCAGGCAGAGGCAACUCUGGGUCCCCUGGAAACUGCUAGACUGGCAGGGUUUGUCAGCCCUCCCUCACCUGGAAGACAGUGCAGGCUCUGCCUACAAGGAGGGGCGGGGCCAGCCCCCACCCGUGGGGAUGGAGUGUAUCCCAGCAGCCCAGGGAUGGCACCUGUCCUUGUCGGGAGGCGCACUCAGCCCGGCUUCUGGAGCACUGGCCAGUUCCCAGUGGGCUACGGGGCCUCUGACUAGAAGGGGCCCCGCCCUCCAUCUGCCUGGAGUGGGGGACAGGACCCAGUGCAUGCUGACUCCCUUCAUUCCUGCCCGGGGCCUGUGGCUUGAGGGCCACCCCGUCCCUGGGACCCAGCCCUUUGCUGCUCUUUGCUAGAGGAGGGGCUUCAGAGGGAAACAGAUACGGGGGCACUGGCACCACCUGGGCCCGGUGGAGGCUGGUGGGGAGGUUGGCGGGCACCCGGGUCCUGGAAACUAUCGGGAGCUCUAUGGGUGCCCACCUGCAUGUGAAGGGGGGAGGCAGUACUCAAUUUAUUUCAAUAAACACUUAUGAUG